AUGACGACGCUUCACGAAGAACAUGGACAACCCAUGUCACCGGUCGAAGAUGGCGACGAAGAUGAGGAAGCGUCCGAUAAAGAAGUCGAUAAUUCCGACGGCACGAAAACUCUCACGCCGAAAACAGUGGAAGGAAGUCCGAAAUCGUGCGCGGGAGAAGACUCGAUCAUCACUUACGGGGAGGGGAAAAAAGAAUGGAAAGAC